AUGCCUUCUACGGCGUCGUCACGAAACAACCGGUCCUUCGAAGACCGGCGUCACUUUCCAGCCAACGGCUCUAUUGCAGACCAGCGUGAGCUCAGGGAAAGUCUAUGCCGGGAGAUGGAUUCCAUGAAUCGUGAGGUCGAUGAUGUAAGGGCAAGUGUUUUGGAGAUGUCCCAUUUGAUCGAUGACCUGAGGAACCAUUUUUAUUCACUCCAGACAGCGUAUGUCAGCGCAUCAAAUGACAUAGUUAAGAUGAAGAAGAUGCUUAUUGUUACAAGUCUAUUCGGAGUGGUCACUGUUGCGGGAGUGGUGGCAGAUUACAAGUGGUUCUGA